AAACUUAUUCUUUUAUUAAUAUAGUUUAAAAAGGAUACGGAACAACACCUAUAAAUAAUGUAAUUACUAGCAGACAUGGGGAAUUGUUAUCGUAAAUUUAGAAAGACACCUGAAAAACCAAGAGAAACAAGAGAAACUGACAACAAAACUGAAAAUAGAUAUAUUCCUCAGCCGGUUCCACUAGAACGACCACCAAUACCUCGUCCUGACGCGCCAACUAUUCCAGCACCACCAACUCCACCAUUUCCAGAUAAUAAUGCAAAGGUAGUUGUUGCAUUGUAUGGUUAUGAUGCUCGAACCGAUGACGACUUGACAUUUGUUAAAGGUGACCUGUUAGAGAUCAGAGAAGAAAAUGGUGACUGGUGGUUUGCUCGUUCAAGAAAAAAUGGGCAGAAAGGUUACAUUCCUUGUAACUAUAUUGCUGCAGUCAAAUCAUUAGAAGCUGAACCGUGGUACUUUGGUGAUAUCAAGCGACAAGAGGGUGUUCGUUACCUGGAACAACCCGGAAACAAACAUGGUGCUUUUUUAAUCCGCAAAAGUGAAAAUCGUCCCAAUCAGAGUGGCCAAUUAUACGCAUUGUCAGCCUUAGAUGGUGAUAUUGUGAGACAUUACCGCAUAAAAACCACGGACGAAGGAAAGUUUUUCAUUUCCAGAAGGCAAGAAUUUAGUACGUUGAAUGAGCUGGUGGAAUAUUAUAGUAAUGUGUCUGACGGUUUGAUGGUUUUGAGAGAGCCAUGUAUAAAAGAAAAGGCGCCGAUUUAUGAUCUUUCGCACAAAGACAAGUGGGAAAUUGAACGUUCUUCAUUGAGGUUUACUAGUCGCUUGGGUGCUGGAAUGUUUGGUGAAGUAUCUAAGGGAAUAUGGAAUAAUACCACUGGAGUUGCUAUAAAGUCUUUAAAAGAAGGUUCAAUGGACAAAGAGCAGUUUUUGCAAGAGGCUAGCAUAAUGAAGAAAUUGAGACACCCCAAACUCAUUCAACUUUACGCGGUUGUAACGGUAGACGAACCCAUUUUGAUAGUGACUGAACUAAUGACGAAUGGAUCCCUGCUCGAUUACUUUCGACAUGGCGACGGACCAAGUCUUAAAUUUUCCGAGCUUGUAGACAUAUGCGCGCAAGUUGCACAAGGAAUGGCGUUCUUGGAAUCUAGAAAUUUUAUCCAUCGUGAUUUGGCUGCCAGAAAUAUUUUAGUUGGAGAAAAUAAAAUAGUGAAAAUCGCUGAUUUUGGAUUGUCUCGAUGUAUAGUCGACGGAGAUUACGAUGCUCAACAAGGCACACGUUUUCCAAUCAAAUGGACUGCACCUGAAUCGUGUCAAUAUAAUAGAUUCACGACGAAGUCGGAUGUGUGGUCAUUCGGUAUUUUUAUGUACGAAGUAAUCACGUAUGGCAAAACUCCAUACGCUGCCAUGAGCAACGCCGAGACUCUGCGUGCGUUGGACCAAGGAUACAGGUUACCUAAGCCAGAUAAUUGUCCAGAUGAGUAUUACCAUGAGAUGUUUAAGUGCUGGAAAAGCAAUCCUGAAGAACGUCCCACCUUCGAGACCUUACAAUGGACGUUGGAAGAUUUCUUUCAAGACAAAAGACAAUAUCAAGACGAACUUUAGAUACAAAACUUUCCAAAGUUCACGCAUACGGCGAUUAAUAUUUUUAAAGCAUUUUUCAUAGUUUUGUGUGUUACACAUUAAACGAAUCAUUUUUAAAACGACGACCAAAUUUUUUGGCAGAAUUUUUAAAAGCAUUGAGGCAUGCGUUAUCUGUUUUUGUUCCAGAGUUUUCUCUUUCCAUCAAACGUUUUUAUCAAAAAUACGUAAACAAACCAAGAAACAGACCGGGUAACACGAUUUUUUAUAAAACAAAUCUUUGGUCUUCAAUAUAUAAAUAAAGAAUUAUAGAGAUUAAUUGCAUUUUCCACAAUUUGAUAGUGGGUAGCGCUUAAUAAUUAGAGAGUUUAUUUCGUGUACUGCAUUUUUCUACGUUCAUAUCAUAGGGCAACUUUAGAGACACAAUUUCAACAAUGCUUUACCUUUAUUGAAACUUAUCUGUUAGAAGAUUUCUGUAAUUGAUUUUCAAGGAAGGUCGUUUCUAUUUGCAGUUAGGUUAGAUCAUGUAGAAUCAAGUAUUUGUGAGUACUUGAAAAAAAGGGGGAUAAAUCAAACUGGUGAAUAUCAUUGUUGGGCGAAUCAACUCAACUUAUACUGCACAUGUGUGGACGUUCAUUUUGUUGCGUCCGUCCAGAAGUGAUGAACUUUUGUUUUUUUGUUUCUAUUUUCCCUUCAUGAAUAUCUUGUAUCAAACCAACUCGAAAGAAAAGCUUUUUUGGUAUUUGUUGGCAAAACUUUAAAAAAAAGAAGCUCGUUCUUACUUCAAAACUAAACUCGCACUUCGCCAAAUAUUUACAUAAAAUUUUGAACACAAGAAGGCCAAAACAAUAGUGGUGAAAAUGUUAUUGUUCUGUAAGUAAGUUCUUUUAACAGUAAAGUACGCAUGCGCUUAUGUUUGUACAAACCAAGCUUUCUAAAAAUUUCCUAUCGUAGAUUUUUAUCUUUUUUAGAAUGUUCAUGCUUUUGUAAUUUUAAUUUAUAUAUAAUACAUAGUUUCUUUCUUUUAGUCAUAUACAUGUUCUGCUUUAGCGUUUAACAAAUUUUUCGUUCUUCACUCCAAAAGAGAAAUCACAACUACCAACAUGUAUUAGUAUUAAGAACUUACACUUUCAAGCUAACAAAAUGAGAGUGAUCUUGUGGAGGAUUGCUGUUAUAGUCUUGAAAAUUUGCAUUUAUUAUUAUUAUUAUUAUUAUAAAAUGUUAUAUUUUUGUGUAUGUGUGUUUUUCUGAGAUAAUUUUAUAAGAUUUGGUAUGUAUAUAAUUGUAACUCGAUUUUCAAUAAAAGUUGAUCACAAAUAUUGUUCUGUA